AUGUCUUAUAGCUAUUUCCCCAUUACUUUCCAAAGAAAAAUGGAGUACACCCAAAACCCUAAUAAAUCUGAGCAAAUAAGAUGGAGCUCAGAUGAUAGUCCAGCACAAGCUAGAUCCUAUUCUUGCACUUUUUGCAAGAGAGGAUUUUCAAAUGCUCAAGCAUUAGGAGGCCACAUGAAUAUCCAUAGAAGAGAUAGAGCCAAGCUCAAACAACAAUCAUCCGAAGAAAACUUGCUUUCUUUGGAUAUCUCAAUCAAGAAUACAAAUGAUCAUGUUGAUUUGGAAGAGAACCAUGAAACUCAAAGAGGAAAGUUAGUUUCCACAAAAGAACUUCCUCGUAGUUCUUCAUUUGUUGAUAUAAAAGGAAGUGGUGGUGUCACACAUAGGAUUGAAGAGAAUAAAUGUGAUUUAGACCUUGAACUUAGGUUAGGUUAUGAGCCAAUAGGUUCUUCAACAUUGAGCACUCGAUCAUUCUUUUGA